AUGGCAGAGGGUGUGAAGACGAUGCUGACGACCGCGAUCGCACUCGCCGACCAAGUGGCGGUGAAGAUGGGCUCGACCAAGUGCCUGCCGGAAUGCAUGGAACUAUGCUCGCGCGUAAGGAAGCUCGCGGCGGCGCUGCGGCUGGCGGCAAGGACUGACCUGUACGAACGCCCCGCCGAGCGCAUCAUACCCGUCGCUAUGGACGCGCUGGUCAUGGCGGGCAGGUGCUUCGAGGGUAACCACUCUCGCCUCCGCCGCUUCCUGGCCUUCAAUUUCAGCCUCGUGCCCACGGUCCGGCAUACCCUCGAGGUGCUCGACGCCGCGCUCGCGGACGUCGCCUGGCUGCUCCGCUUCUCCUCUCCGCACACCGACGGCGACAUGCUCGGUCUACCAAACAUGUUGCGUGGCGACCCCAAGCUCUUCCUGGUCUGGGACCACAUAGCGCGGGUGCGCACCGGCAGCCGCGCCGUGCGGGCAGACUCGGCCUCGAGCCUCGCGUCCCUCGCCCGGGACAACCCACGCUUCGCAGAGCUCAUUGUCCAAGAAGACGGCGUCCGGCCCCUCGUUAACCUGCUCAAGGCUGGCACCGAUGAUGGGAAGGAGGCUGCGGCGACCGCGCUUGGGCUACUUGGCCACGACGAGGAGAGUGUGGACAAGCUACUCCGUGCCGACGUAUGCUUCGUCUAUGCCGCUGCCUUGAAGGAGCCGUCGAUGCGCGUGCGGGCCGCGGCCGCCGAGGCCAUCGCCUUGCUUGCGCAGCACAACCGGAGAUUGCAAGACUCGCUCGCACAGACAAACGCCGUUCGGCUCCUGGUCAGUCUCCUCGAUGAGACGCCGGAGACCAUGACGUCGCUGCACUCAGUUGUGCUUGCCAAGAUGCGCCAAGGCCAGCAGAUCGAGGAUGCGGCCGCCAAGGCACGCAUGAAGACCAUGGCAGCCAAGGCUCUAUGGAAGCUUGCCCGAGGUCAUCCAGGCGUGUGCCAAAGCAUCGCAGAGUCCGGCGGCAUCCUUUGCUUCACCAGGAUCCUCGACAAGAGUGACAGACGCAGCGAGCUACAGUUCUACUACUCUACCAUGAUGAUCAUGGAGAUCGCCCGUGUCGCGGAGGUCAACCUCGCGCUGCGACAGUGUGCGUUCAAGCCCGGCAAGGCGGCGGGCGCGACGGAGCAGCUACUCCGCAUUGUGCGUGAGGGGGAGUCAGAUGAUCCGCUGCUACUUCCGUGCAUCACCUCCCUCGGCUGCCUAUCGCGCACGUUCACGGCAAGCCAGAUCAGCCGUGUGGUUGGCCUGCUAGUGGAGCUGCUCGAUAACCGCGAGCCUUCCGUCACCAGAGAAGCCAUGCUCGCGCUCACCAAGUUCGUCUGCACUGGGAACCACCUGCAUGUAAACCACAGCAAGGCCAUCGUCGACGCUGGCGGGGCAAAACACCUUGUUCUGCUCGUGUACCUUGGGGACAAGCAGCUGCAAAUUCAUGCUCUUAUAUUGCUUUGCGCCAUUGCUCUGAAUGUCCCCGAGAAGGAGGAGCUUGCGCAGGCUGGGGUUCUUGAUGUGCUCGUGUGGGCGUCCAAGCAGGUGCACUUGGUACAGGACGCGGGCGUGGAGGCACUGCGGACGAACGCGGUGGGAACUCUUCUAGACUAG